CUGAAGAACAAUUGAAAAAUAUCUAUGAGCAGCAAUUGAAGAGAUUUUUAGAUACUCCGCUGAGUUUCAGAGGCAUAUCUGAUGAUGACACAGUGUUUAAAGAAAUAACAGAAAGGAAUGGCGAAGCUUUGAAAAAUGUGUCAAAGCACACUAAUGAGCUUUUUGAUCAAUUGAGGAAGGUGAUAGAACACUGGAAAUCUUGGAUUCAGUUAGAGUCACUUGACAUUACGAAAUUGACGAGCUGGCAACAUUGGGAUAUUCAUUUCAGAGCUUCGAAAACUUUCGGACAAGAAACUGCUAAGUUGUCCAGUACCGAAGAACGAGUGGGUUGCUUCGUCAUCAGUCUAUCUCGACUGAGAUCGGAUUUAGAGUCGCAUAAUCGCAGCUACUGGGAUCAACUGAUCUACUCUUUGAAAGAUUCCAUAGCUCAGGACGUAGUAAAGCUUCAGGAUUACAUCAAUCAUUCCACGUCAGCUCUAACAAGACAACCUUUGACCAUCGAGGAAAUCGGGGAAUCUGGGGCUGUCCAUAAGAAUAUUCUAGAAGAAGCACCAAUGAUGGCAAAUACUUUUGAAGAACUAAUGAGGAAAUCGAAAACGUUAGCAAGUUGGACAAAGGAACAAGUGGAAUCGGUAAAUAGGAUCAAAGGUGCUUGGGAUAGACUGCAAAGUUUGUUGGAGAAUCAUCAGCAUAUUAUUGAAAAACAGAUGGAAACGAUACGGACGACGUUAAACAUAAGAAGAGAAAAUAUGGAAAAAGAACUCGAACAUUUCGUAGCAAAAUGGGAGCAGGUUAAGCCUAGACCACACUCGGGAGCUUAUAGCGAUGAUAGCAUUAAAGAUUUACUCGUACAAUUAGAGGGUAUCAGAAAUAAAAAGAUAGAAUGGAAGGCUAUUCUGUUAAAGAAGGAAGAACUCAUGAACGAUUUUGAUAAAUUUGGUAUCCAAAAGCCGGAAUUUCUGAUGAUAGAAGAAGUUGAAAAUGAUAUAAACCAAUACGAAAAGUCAUGGAACAUUUUCGAAGAGUUUCAUAAAGAGUUAACUGAGUUAUCGGAGCAACACUGGAUAGUCUUCAGAAAAAAAAUAUUUUUAUUUGAAGAUUUUGUAAAGAAAUGGAACAAACGAUUGAGUGACUGUGAGCAAUCAGCUUUAGUAACGCGAUUGUUGCAAGAAGUUGAUAAGUAUGAGACGGUGGCGCCUUUUUUAAAAUACGUGAGAGGAGACGAUUUUUCAGAAAAACACUGGAUGGAUACGUUCAGCCUCCUCGACAUCGAGUACAAACCGGUUGACCAACUACUGUUGAACGAUUUUCUGGAAGUAUCCCACAAACUUGCCGAAAAAAGCAAGGAACUACAGGUUAUUUCGAAAAAAGCAGCCAGUGAAAUAAUUGUGAGACAGGCUUUAUCUGAACUUGAUCAGUGGGACGUUCAGUGUAGGUUUACCUUGACGCCUCACGUUGAUUCUACAGGCAAACAGAUUUCCUUGGUGAAAGACUAUAAAACUAUCUUAAAUAAGAUUGGCGACCAUCAAAGUCUUUGCAAUCAAUCAAAUUUUCUGCGGAUUACGAAUCUUUCGCCGAUAAAGCAAAUAUGUGGGAGACCAAGCUUGGAGACUUAGACCAUCAUGUCACAUCAUUGAUGAAUGUACAGAGAAAAUGGCUUUAUUUGGAGCCAAUAUUUGCAAGCGGAACGUUAGCACAAGAAAAGACGCGAUUCGACAGAAUCGAUAGGGACUUUAAGCAUGUGUUGCUCUACAUUGAAAAGGACAUACGAGUUGGUGCGUUGUGUCGGUAUCCAAAUUUAAAAUCUCUGUUGGAUACCGCAAUUGACCAACUCUCAAAGUGUCAGAACAGUUUGAAUAACUUUUUAAAGGAGAAACGCGAACAAUUUCCUCGUUUCCUAUUCUUAAGCGAUGAUGAUCUGUUAGAAGUUAUAGGCCAGUCAUCGAAGGAACAUGUUAUUCAAGCGCAUCUGAAGAAAAUAUUUGCUGGCAUUAACAGCGUAAAGUUGGAUGAAAAUGGACAGAAUAUCGUAGCAAUGUGCUCUGCUGAAGGAGAAAUCGUCAAUUUGUCGAAUUUUGUCAGCAUUCAUCACCCAAUCGAGCAAUGGUUGAAUAUAUUGGUGAAAGAAAUGCAACGGACUUUGAAAGACCUGCUGGUGAACUGCCAGAAAGAGAAGCAGGCUCCAGAUCCUCUGUCGUAUCCAUCUCAGAUACUUUGUUUAUCUGAUAGCAUUACAUUCACUGCGAAAUGUGAACAGGCUAUAACUAGUAUGGCUUUACCACCUCUGUUGGCUAAAUACAAAACACAACUGCUUCACUAUAGUUCAUUAGAAUUAAACAGUGGACAAGGUAGCACCGAAACUGAUAAUGUUUUGAAUAUAAAGCUGAAAGCGUUGCUUCUUGAUACCAUCCACCACAUAACUGUGCUUGAAGAACUGCUUAGCAAUAAUGUUACAAAACUAUCGGACUGGGUAUGGCAAAAACAGCUAAGAUAUUAUGUGAAUUCAGCAGGAGACGUAACAAUAAAAAUGGCAAAUGCAAGAAUGGACUAUUCGUAUGAAUACUUGGGUAAUGCUCCAAAAUUGGUGCAAACUACCCUAACUGACCGAUGCUUCCUCACCCUAACACAAGCUAUUCAUUUGGGGAUGGGUGGCAAUCCUUAUGGACCAGCGGGUACCGGCAAAACUGAAUCCGUCAAGGCACUUGGUGGUCUUCUAGGAAGACAAGUUUUGGUUUUUAAUUGCGAUGAAAGCAAUCAAAACGGUUCUAAGCGGUUGCGGAAGAGCUUUGAAAAAUUUCAAAGUGAAGAACGAUACGAUAAACAUUAACUAUGAGACUGAGGUGGGAAUAGUGAUUCAAGUUUUGAAAACAGAUACUUUUUCGAAGCUAUCGUUCAAUGAUUCGAUGAAGUUUGACAUGAUCAUCAAAGAUGUUUUCAAGGAAAAUAGUAUCGAAGUAAAUAGAGAAGAAAUGCUCAUUAAAUGUUUGGAGGAAAGUUUUCAUGAACUUGGUAUUGUUAUUAAUAACAGACAGAUCAAUAAAUGCUUAGAAUUUUAUGAACAAUUGCAACAGAGAAUGGGCGUUGCGAUUGUGGGUCCUCCAAGUUCAGGAAAAAGUACAAUUCGAGACUUACUGCAAAAGGCACUGCUCAAACUGGGAAGGCAAAUGAAAUGCUAUUCUUUCAACCCUAAAAGUAUGCAAAGAUCUAAUUUACUGGGUAAAACUGAUCCAGAUUCGAACCAAUGGAGUGCAGGUGUACUGACGAGUUACAGUUUACAAGCAGCAUCAGAAAAUCCAGAUAUAUGGACCUGGAUCAACUGCGAUGGAGAUAUUGACCCAGAUUGGGUUGAGUCACUAAAUUCAGUCUUAGAUGAUAACAGGCUGUUAUCACUGCCUUCCGGAUGGCGGAUACAAUUUGGAUCGAACGUUAAUUUUGUAUUUGAAACUGACAACCUAGAUAAUGCAUCACCUGCUACCAUAUCAAGGAUAGGUAUCGUGUUUUUGAGUGAAGAGGACCUAAGUGUAAGUCACUAUAUAGAGAAGUUUGUCAAUAAACUGCCUGAAGAACAAAAAGUGAGUCUUGCCCCACUUAUCGGUGAUCACUUCAGUAAUGCAAUUAAGUGGAUGUUAAACGAUGCUGAAAUAGCUGUGAAUUGCUCCAAGGUAGCAAUAGCCGAAACAGGACUUUCUCAGCUGAUGAGUGUUAAAACUAGGUCUCAUUUUUGUGUAGCUUUGAUAAACAGCUUAGGUCAGCAGUUGCAGGAGGAUUUCAGAGAAAUAUUUGCCCAGCAGGUUUUUGAUUGGUUAGGAGAGACUCCACCCCCAUUACUGCUGAAGUGUCAUUACAAUAGCGAUAGAGACAUCAUCGAUUCAUACUAUACUAAUCCCAAUAUAACUAUUGAUGACAUAUCCAAUGGGUUGCCUUUGAUCUACACAGGACAAGUGAGUCAGUAUCUAGAUACAAUGAGAGUUUGGAUAUCCAACAACAGACAUUUUUUGAUUGUCGGGCAGCAUGGAUCUGCUAAAACCUUGAUGCUUCAAACCUUGGUUAAUGAGAGGACUGACAGCAGUAUGGUGAUUUUACACUGUACUGCACAUUUAAGUCCAAACUGCGUUAUAACAAAACUCUUUGAGAAUUGUAUUCAAGUUAAUACUCAUAAAGGAAAGGUUCUGAAACCAAAAAAGGGUAACUUGAUACUACAUCUGAAAAAUCUGCAUCUUUUGAAACCAGAUAAGUGGGAUAGUAACAUUCUUAUUGAAUUUUUGAAUCAGCUGAUCGUUUACAAGGGAUUUUAUGACACAAACGUCGAAUUUAUAUCAGUAGAAAACCUUUUAAUAGUGGGAUCUCUUACAAUCACCAACAAUCUAUCUAAAAGAUUCACUUCAAAUUUACGGAUCUUUAACGUAAAUAUACCGGAACCUGAAGACUUUGCGAUAAUAAUAUCUUCGUAUUUAGCUGCUAUACUUAAAUCUGCUUUUCCGAAGAAAAGUUUUCCCAAAGCUAAAACUGUUAAAUUAGCUACAACUAUGAUCAGUAUAUGCGAAAAGGUGAAAGAUCGCUUGCAAACAAAUAAAAAGCACUAUAUGUUCAGUCCGCAUGAUUUAACAGAAUGGUGUAAGUCAAUAACAAGGUAUAAUAACAGUGGAAAUGAUGACUUAGAAGCAUUUAUACUAGAGUGCAUAGCAUACGAAGCCCUAGGCAUGUUUGGUCACAAGCUGGUAGAUAAACAAGAACACGAUGCCUUAUGUUUGAUUAUCAAUGAAACUUUGCAAAAUCAGUGGCGUGGAUCGGACUAUUUAAAAAAAUUAGCGAUGUUUCCUAUGUUCCCACUGAUCAGUCUUCGAAUUUGUGUGCUUUGAACAAGAAAGACUGGUCUGAAAUGGUGCAGAAUGGGAUAAGUGUGUACGAGCGAGACGGUUCAGUUCUUUCACUGGUCGUAACCGAAGACUUGCUAGACAUAACAGCUGAGGUUACGAAAACCUUAAGCAACCCAGGAGGACACAUAUUGCUAAUAGGCAAACCAGGGAUAGGUAGAAGAAGCGCCGUAAAAGUAGCUUCGGCUUUGAGAAAUGCAAAACUGAUAGAACCGGCUUUGGAUACGCAGCCUCAGUUUAACAACGAUUUGAAACUUGCUUUGCAACAGUCUGCUUUGGAGGGAGAAGAAGUGUACCUCGUAAUAGGAGAUCACAUAUUCAGCAACGAUACCAAUUAUGAUAAAAUAAAUUUGUUAAUAUCUUCUUCUGAGAUCCCAGAUUUAUAUUCAACCACCGAACUUGACUCGUUAGUCAAAGGACUGAAAGACGAUAUGGAGAGGGAAAACUUUGAUGGAAGUUUGAUACAGUACUUCACUGAGCGAGUUAGACGGAAACUGCAUAUCGUCAUUUGCCUAGAUGGGGAUAAUGAGAAUCUUUGGAAUAUUUUACAAGACUGCCUGUACUUUACUCAAAAUUGUAGGAUAAUGUGGAAGACUCAAUGGAGCAAAGACGCCAUUGAAAAUGUGCCAAGAAAGAUUAUGGAACAGAAUGAUUGUUAUGACCUAAAAAUGACUUGCAUCGAGAAAUUCCCAAAAAUAUACCUAAAUACAAGUUUGGACGUUUCGACACCGUCAAGAUACGUCACGAUGAUCAAACACUAUGAAGUUAUAUUAGAAGAUAAACUUUCAGACAUCAAAACUAAGGAAAAUAAGUUACAGGCGGGUGUUGCUAAGCUGAACGAAGCUAACGAAUUAGUGAAAAAGUUAAAGCAGGAAGCAGUAGAGCAACAAGUGAAAUUGGAAGAAAAACAGUCGAAGGCAAAUACAGCUUUGGAUAUGAUUAGCAAUACUAUGAAGAAUGCAAAUACUCAUAAGGAGGAAAUGGAAGUUUUGAAAAAUAAGACGGAACAGGAGAAUCAAAAACUGAUGAGACGGAAGAAAGAAAUUGAGAUAGAACUAUCAGAAGUUGAGCCAUUGAUUCAGCAAGCAAGAUCUGCAGUGGGCAACAUCAAAUCUGAGGCACUAUCUGAAAUAAGAUCGCUAAGAGCCCCACCGGAAAUCAUCAGAGACAUUUUGGAAGGCGUUCUUAGACUGAUGGGUAUCCAAGAUACUUCUUGGAAUAGCAUGAAGACUUUCUUGGCUAAGAGGGGAGUCAAGGAAGAAAUCAGAUCAUUCGAUGCAACCAGAAUUUCCACAGAAAAUAGGCUAGCGGUGGAAAAGCUGAUAGCAAAUAAGAGCGACUCCUUUGACGAAAAGGCAGCAAAAAGAGCUUCAGUUGCUGCAGCACCAUUGGCUUCUUGGGUCACUGCCAAUGUCAAAUACUCGUACGUGUUGGACAAAAUACGACCUUUGGAGAGAGAACAACAUAAGCUCAAGCAGAAUCUGUCUGAAGCUGAGGCUCAUCUUGGCGAACUGAGCGCUGGAUUGCUGGAUGUAGAUGCAACAGUAGCGAAGCUGAAACAGCAGCUGUCUGAUUAUACAAAAGAAGCAGCUGAAAUUGAAAUUGGCCUGAAGAAAGCUCAAGCUACGUUAGCUUCUGCUGAGGGUCUGGUUUCAAAACUGUCCGAUGAAUUCCAAAGAUGGCAAGAUCAGUUACAAGAACUGUCUGGUCAGAUGCAUCAUCUACCGAAUGACUGUCUAAUUGCUGCAUCAUUCUUGGUUUAUUUGUCUAGUAGUUCCGAAGACAGAAGGACGGAGCUUCUGAACGUAUGGCGUAACGAAUUGGGAACGAAAGAAAUAAAUAUAGAGUCGUAUUUUUCAACGGAAAGAGAACGAGCUGUAUGGCAAAGUGAAGGGCUGUCAUCUGACCGUUUGUCUCUGCAAAACGCAAUCAUGAUAUUGAAGGCUAGUGUAGUCCCACUUUUGAUUGAUCCAACAUCAGUAGCUGUAAACUGGAUAAAGCGAUAUUUCGAAAAAAGGAACAUAGAGGUGACAACACAGAACUUCCCGAAGUUUAACAAUAUGUUAGAAUUAGCAAUUAGGUUUGGAAAAGUGUUUAUUGUAGAAGAAAUCGAUGACGUCAGUCCUAUUUUGUUGCAAGUUUUGAACAAGGAGCUGUUACAUCAAGGUGAAAGAAGAUUGAUAAAACUGAAUGGAAAAUUCAUGGAUUACCAUCCCGAUUUCAAGCUGAUUCUUUGCACCAGAAACGAGAGAAUGAGUCUACCUUCGUACAUUGCCCCGUUGGUCAAUAUGAUGAAUUUCACAGUAACACGGGUUGGCCUUACAGAGCAACUGUUAUCAGCUGCUGUUUUGCAAGAGAAUCCCGAUUUGGAAAAUAGGAAGAAGCAAUUGCUCAGAGAAAAAGAGGAACUGCAAGAGAAGCAGUAUCAUUUACAGAAUCAGUUACUCGAGAACUUGGCCGGUUGUAAAGGUGAUAUCCUUGAAGACAAGACGCUGCUUGAUUCCUUGAACGAAACCAAAUCCAGUUCUGAAGCCAUCGUCGUGGCCUUGAAAGAAUCAUCCGAAAUUCAGGAUAAAUUGAAACUCGAAUACGACAUAUACAAAGACAUUUGUGAUUUUGGCAGUUCCUUAUACUUUGCCUGUAACGACUAUGCAAGGACAAAUAUUUUAUAUCUGUUAUCCGUACCUACUUUUACGAAGUUGUUUCUGAAGGCUCUACAAACAUUCCAGGAUCUACACAAGACCACAGCUCUCCAAGAAAAACAUUUACUAUCAACCGUAUACUCCUACAUCUCCAGGGGUAUAUUCAAGUAUGACCGGUUGAAAAUGUUGCUCUAUAUUGCUCACAAAUUGUAUCCAAAGGAAAUACCUCUGAGUGAAUGGAACUUAUUUUUGGGCAAUGUGAACACCACAAAGAAUGAUAACCUACCCACUUGGCUACCAAAACAAAGCGAAAUUGCAGUGGCAAACUUACAGGUUGCUCUUCCUGACCUAUAUAAAAAAAUGAACUUAGAGGAAAGCAACACUUGGAACAAUUUCAUGUAUGAAAAUGAACUUGAAUUCCCUAAGCACUGUUCACUUUCAGAAUUCCAAAAGGUUCUUGUUGUCCAAGCCCUUAGAUCUGACGCUUUGUAUUCUACGAUGACUAAAUGUGCUCUAAACAUCACUGGUUUGAAAUCUCUAGACCCGGCAGUUUUGGAUCUUCACACGAUAUUCAAGGAAUCAACUUGUAAUGAACCUAUUUUGUUACUGGCAAUGUCGGGCACAAAUCCGACUAGCGAUAUCACCGAAUUAGCCCGGAAACUUCAAAAUGGAAACUUUGCCCAGAUUGCAAUGGGUGAAGGGCUAGAGGCUAAGGCCAUACUAGCUCUGAAACAACGUUCCGAAUCAGGAACUUGGUUGAUAUUGAAAAAUCUACAUCUGGUAACGUAUUGGCUACCGGUGUUAACGCAAAAUUUAAAAAAUCUCAAAGCCAAAGAGUCAUUUAGACUGUGGUUAAUAUCAGAGCCGACGCCCAAUUUUUACUUCGUACUCGCCCAAAAUAGUUUAAAAGUGGUAUAUGAAACAUCGCAAGGAGUGAAAAAUAACAUUUUGAGAACUUAUUCAAACUACGGAAGCAAGUAUGUCGAUAAAUUGAACAAUACUUCUGCGAAAAUAUUUUUCGUAGUCUCCUGCGUCCAUGCCUUACUGCAGGAACGAAGGAAAUAUAUUCCACAAGGAUGGUCUAAGCCAUACGAUUUCAGCGACACAGAUCUUUCCACAAGCAUCAAAUUGAUAGAAGAAUUAUGGAAUAACCAAUCGAUGCAGAUUCAGUGGAAUUUUAUUUCUGGCCUAUUUUCAUACGCUGUAUAUGGUGGAAAAAUAGAAAAUAUAGACGAUAUGGAUAUUCUAGAAGCUUACACUAGGCAGUAUUUUAGUGACGAAAUAUUGAGCCAUCGAUGGAAGCUGUUUGACUAUGAUAUCACUCUACCAAAUAUGGCAAAAUUCGAAGAAUACGUAAAAUGCAUUAAACAGAUACCGAUUAAGGAUGACCCAUCCAUUUUUGGUCUACCACAAAACAUCGAUAGAGCUUGGGAGAAACAAAUGUCAUCAUCAGCUGUUUCGGAGCUAAAAAAUUUGAGUCUCUGUAACACGACAUCCAACAAGCUGGAUCAAAAUCUCCUGCAAAAAGGCUUGACACCUUUUAUGAAUUUAUGGAAGAAGUUGAACCAAGGCCUCGAUUUCAUACGGACGACUCCAGACUCAAACAUAACAGCUAGUGAUCCUCCGUUGAAAAUAUUUUUGAUAGAAGAAUUCAACAAUGCCUUGAAUUUGAUACAUAUGAUACAUAAAAAUCUAAGUAAUUUAAAAAAGAUUUGUAAGGGAGGUGUUACACCGGAGGAGAAAGAUUCGAUUGUUGGGAAAUCUCUGCUGAAAUACGAGACUCCAAAACGCUGGCUGAGCCUGUGGAACGGUCCCAAAGAACCGACUCGCUUCAUGCGUUCCGUACUAACCAAAACCGAAGAAAUAUCCAAAUGGAAAAACGAGCCCAUCGAAACCCUCCUUCAAAAACCCUUAGCUCUUUCAUCCCUAUUCCGACCUGAAGCUUUCCUAGCAGCUCACAAGCAGACUUUUGCUCGCUCCAGAGGCGUCACUCUUGACGAGUUGUUCUUGGAGGCAAAUUGGAGACAAGUUGAACAGGAAUGUCUGAUAUUGAGGGAUAUGGUUGUGGAGGGAGGGAUAUUGGAAAAUGGGAUGCUGAAGAAAUGCAGGCCCGAUUCUGAGAGCACUACCAGUGUAUCGAGGUGUUAUAUCAGCUGGACAACGAAGCUAUCUAUCGAGGAGACAGAUAAGAUAGAAGUGCCCUUAUACACGACGUCAGACAAACAGCAAAAAUUGGCGUUUUUCCAAGUGCCUAUCGACAGGAAAGACAAGGAUAAAUGGAUACAAGCUGGACUUGCAUUUUAUUUAGAGCUGUAAAGUGAUCUAGCAUCUCGUAAUAGUGUUAAUAAAAUAAUAGACA